UAAUAAAUGCUAAAAUUAAGGGUAAUAUUGACUGCUCAACUACUAUAAGUUAUCAUCCCGGAGUGUGCUUGGAUAGUCGGAUCACUGCGAGUAGCUAAGAAUGGAGGCUCAUCAUUGCAAUAAUCGCCGAUCAAAUCUUCUGUUACUUCUUUUACUUGUCUCCGUAGUGGCGAAUCUCAUUACGGCAUCUGCAGCGUCGUCCCCGAUCGCCAUCGCUAGCGAAGAAAAACUGGAGUUGACUUUAUACUACGAAGCUCUGUGUCCAUUCUGUGAAAAUUUCAUAGUCAACUAUCUAUACAAACUAUUUGAUAACGGACUGAUUUCGAUCGUGGAUCUCAAGCUUAGUCCCUAUGGAAACGCUAAGAUUCGUUCCAAUGAUACCAUCGUUUGCCAGCAUGGUGCAUGGGAAUGUGUGCUUAACACUGUAGAAGCAUGUGCAAUUCAUGCUUGGCCUGCUGUUAGUGACCACUUUCCUUUUGUGUAUUGUGUGGAAAAUUUAACUUAUAAAGGGGAGUAUGCCAAUUGGGAAACAUGCUUUCAGAAAGUAAAUGUGGAUCCAAAACCUGUUCUCGAUUGUUACACUAGUGGUUUUGGACAUGAGCUUGAGCUACAAUAUGCAGAUGAAAUAAAGGCGCUUGAACCUCCUCAUACUUAUGUCCCAUGGGUCGUGCUAGAUGGACAACCGCUUUAUGAUGAUUAUGUGGAUAUCAUAAGCUUAAUUUGUAAAGCUUAUAAAGGUUCUAAAACACCCGAAGCUUGCCUUGGUUUAUCCCUUCCUGUUACCAAACAUAAGGACACAGAUAACACUUUGGAUAAUAAGCUUCUUGGAUGCAUGCUGUUGGCAUGGUUGAGUCUAUGUAGGAUUAAUGGAAUAAAGUAAAAGUCUAAGUUUGGUCAAGAAAAAAGGCAAAUUACUUAAGUGGUUAAAAUUAUCAAAGUGACCGUUUCUUUUGGAUAUUUUAGUUUUACUAUAUAAGUGGACAUUUUAGCUUAUAAAUGGGGCUAAUAUGAGGUUGGAAGCAUGUUUGUACAAAAAUUGAUGAAUACUUAUAAGUUAUGUAACACUUUCCAUUUUUGGAAACUUUAUCGGACCAAAUGGCGAAAAGUGAUAAAAAAAAAAAAGAAGAUGAG